AUGGAGAUAGUGUGCCUGUAUGCAGUCCUGAUCCCCGUGCAGCGCAUCGCUGCCGUGACCUGGCUGUACCUGGCCAAGCAGACCUCCCUGCAGGUGUCCCUCUGGGACCCCAGGGGCUGUGAUGGUCUGAUGGGGUUGGUAGAAGAGCAGGUCCGCAUUUGCCAGCGGCAGGUGGAAGCCAUGGAUGCAGUGAAGCGAGGUGCGGAGCUGGCUGUCCAGGAGUGCCAACACCAGUUUCACUCUCGCCGCUGGAACUGCUCCAUCCUGCAGGGGCUGCAGGUCUUUGGCAAGGUGGCCGUCCAAGGCACAUGGGAGGCUGGUUUCAUCCACGCCAUCUCUGCUGCUGGCAUUGCUUUUGCUGUGACUCGUGCCUGCAGCCACAGGGAGCUGGAGAAGUGUGGCUGCGACCGCAAGAUCCAAGGAGCCAGCCCUGAAGGUUUCCAGUGGUUGGGCUGCUCCGAUAACCUGUCUUAUGGGAUUACCUUCUCUCAGGCGUUGGUGGACAACCCAGAGAGGAGCCAUGGUGUCUCCUCCAGCCAAGCACUCAUGAACCUGCACAACAAUGAGGAUGGGAGGAAGGCUCUCCUGACCCACAUGAAGGUGGAGUGCAAGUGCCAUGGUGUGUCAGGCACCUGUGAGGUGUGCACGUGCUGGAAGGUCAUGCCUUCCUUCCGUGAGGUGGGCAACGUCCUCAAGGAAAAGUUUGAGGGGGCAAGAGAGGUUUACCCAAAGUGGGUCAGUUCCUGCAAGCUCCUGGUGUCCAAGAGCUCUCGCUUCAAGCCCUACAUGGCUCAUGACCUGGUCUAUCUGUUGGCCAGCCCAGACUUCUGUGAUUGGGACCCCCGACACGGGGUCUUCAGCACCUCUGGCCACCAGUGCAACCAAACAUUCCUGGCCAUGGAUGGCUGUGAGCUCCUGUGCUGUGGCAGGGGCUUCCACAUGGCCCAGGCGGAGAUGGUGGAGCUCUGCAGCUGCAAGUUCUGCUGGUGCUGCUCCAUCAAGUGGAAGCAGUGCCGGCACCUCAUGGAGGUGCACCGAUGCCGCUGA